GAAGUAUUGAAUUGGCCACUGACUUUUGGGCAUUGACUAACCAUGCAAGUUGUCCUUUCCGACGUCAUGCAGUCGCCUUGCUCUCUUGGUUUAAGAGUUACAGUAGAGUGGAUAAAAUUGCAAGAAACAAACGCGUUGAGUUUGAUUACGGCCGACAAAAAUCAAUCAUCAACCGACGUAAAGGAGCAAGAAAAGCGAGACUUGGACACCGCUCUUGACUUGGCAAAACGUUUUUGCUUUCAAUUGCUUGGCACUGAUGGUGAGGACGGGAAAAAAGUGCAACUAUGGCUACAGAAGUUGCUUUCGUUGACUCUAGUUGAUCAAGAAUUUUUGUCAAUAUUGAACCAGCAUCUAUUAUUUCGUUCCUUUUUGGUGGGUUAUCGUGUCACCCUUGCUGACGUUAUGGUCUUUUCAGUGCUUCACUAUCAGCACUCUCUUGAAACUUUAGAAAAUUCAAAAUAUCGGUUUCUUUCUCGUUGGGCUUCAUAUAUACGACAACUUCCACCCGUUACUUCAGCACUUAAGAAUGUUGCCGAUUUCGAUUUUCAAGGCUGGUCAGAUGUGAUGAGAUUGGUCGGUUCACGAGCGAACUUUGAAUUCCUUGAGCUUCCAAAUGCUGAAUAUGGCAAAGUUAUCACAAGAUUUCCACCAGAACCAAGUGGUUAUUUGCAUAUUGGACAUGUGAAGGCUGCGCUUUUAAAUGACUUUUUUGCUCGGCGUUUUCAUGGAACGUUGAUAUUGAGAUUUGACGAUACCAAUCCAAGCAAAGAAAAUAUGGAAUUUGAGUCGAGUUUCAUUGAAGACCUUCGCCUUAUUGGUGUGCAUGCCGAUAUUGUGGAAUAUACUUCAGACUAUUUUCAACAAUUGGAACUUUUCGCUGAGACAUUGAUAGAAGAAGGAAAAGCUUAUGUGGAUAUGACUCCAACGUCACAAAUGAGAGAAGAAAGACUAGAGUGCAAGGAAAGUGCUUAUCGUAACAAUGAUAAAGAAACGAAUAUGAAGCUGUGGAAUGAGAUGAAAUUGGGCUCAGAGCAAGGAAUAAAGUGCUGUUUACGUGCCAAAAUAGAUAUGAAAAGUAAAAAUGGAGCAUUAAGAGACCCUAUAUUAUAUCGAUGUUUGGCAAGUGUGUCUCAUCAUCGGAUGGGAACAAAAUAUAAAGUAUAUCCGACAUAUGACUUUGCUUGUCCUAUUGUGGAUUCGCUCUCUGGUGUGACGCAUGCUUUGCGUACCAACGAAUAUCAAGACCGAGAAGCGCAGUAUUAUUGGAUGUUGGAGGCUUGCAAAUUAAGAAAGCCAAUUCUUUGGGUGUUCUCUAGACUCAGUUUUAUGUACACCGUUAUGAGUAAACGGAAACUGCAAUGGUUUGUUUCAAAUAAUUAUGUUAGUGGCUGGGAUGAUCCCCGUUUCCCUACAAUCCGAGGAAUUCGUCGUAGAGGAAUGACUAUUGAAGCUCUACGAGCAUUUAUUUUAUCUCAAGGAGGCUCUAAGAACACAGUUUUGAUGGAAUGGGAUAAGAUAUGGACAGUUAACAAACGUGUGAUUGAUCCUAUUGCUCCACGUCACACUGCUAUUAAUAGAAUGGCAUACAGAAUUAUUCAGAUAACCAAUGCAGUUGAUGAAGUCCGCACGGUUCCCUUUCAUAAGAAGAAUCCAGACCUUGGUAACAAGAUUGUCUUGCUCUCACGUUGUGUUAUCAUUGAAGAGGAAGACGCCAAAGAAAUUAGUGUCUCUGAAAUUGUGACUUUGAUGGAUUGGGGAAACAUUCAAGUUACGAAAAUCAAUGGAAAGGAGAUAUUUGCAGAGUUUUUGCCGCAAAAUACAGAUUUUAAGAAGACCAAGAAGCUUACAUGGCUUGCGUUUGUUCGUGAUUUGGUCCCAAUUUGUCUCGUGAAAUUUGAUCAUCUCAUUACCAAAGCAAAAGUGGAGGAAGAUGAUCGCAUGGAAGAUAUUAUUCGCCACAAUAGCAAAAUAGAAGAGUUUGCAUGGGGAGAUAUCAAUCUGCGCUUGUUAAGGAAGGGAGACGUCAUUCAGUUUGAGAGACGCGGUUACUAUAUAUGCGAUAACAUUUCAUUGUCUUCUAGGGAUGUUUCUGUCGAAGAUUCUUAUCUAACCCUUAUUGAAAUACCAGAUGGAAGAGGAAGAUGAGGUUGUGUCGAAUAAAGCGCUUGAUAGAGUUUAUUGAAAGACUCUUUUUACAUGAAAUGAACUUCAGAUUCAAAAG